AUGUGGGAUUGGGAUAAGCAGAACGACAUCUUGAAAACCUCCAAGGUGAAUGAAGCCGAGGGCGGAGGCUGCUGGAAACCUCGCCAGGAAAACCCCGCCAGGAAACCCGCCAGGAAACCCCGCCAGGAAAUCUCGCCAGGAAACCCCGCCAGGAAACCCCGCCAGGAAACCCCGCCAGAAAAACCUCGCCAGGAAACCCCGCCAGGAAAUCUCGCCGGAAACCUCGCCAGGAAACCCCCCCAGAUAAACCUCGCCAGGAAACCUCGCCAGGAAACCCCGCCAGAUAACCUCGCCAAGAAACCCCGCCAGGAAACCCGCCAGGAAACCUCGCCAGGAAACCCCGCCAGGAAACCCCGCCAGGUAACCUCGCCAGGAAACCCCGCCGGAACCUCGCCAGGAAACCUCGCCAGGAAACCUCGCCAGGAAACCCCGCCAGGAAACCUCGCAAGAAACCCCGCCAGAACCCCGCCAGGAACCCCGCCAGACCCCGCCAGGAAACCCCGCCAGGAAACCUCGCCAGGAAACCCCGCCAGGAAACCUCGCCAGGAAACCGACCGCGAGGAGUUCACAGACAGAAAAUAA